UGCAAAUUUUCUUUCUCAUGCUGAGGAAAUUUGUCAUGCAUUAAUACGAGUACGAUACUUUUGCAGUUCAUAGUCACUCCGCCGCCACGAAAUCCGUCGUGGAGCAGGCCAGUAGCGUAUGAAUUGCAAAAAUGUCUGGGUCUGGAAGGAUGUAACUUGUCAUGCUAAAUCUGAAUCAUGCAAAAAUCUGUGUUGCAUGAUUACCAAUAAAGCUGUCCACUUUUGACCAAGUUAGAAGGGAGUUUCUCAU